ACAGUUGUCAUCGCUCGUAAGUAGAUCAUGUUGUGAACUAUGAAAAUCGUUAAAUCUGAGGGUAGUGAAGCAAUAAAAAUUUCAUAUUUUACACAAAAAGUGUUGAUAAUUGAUAAUAGUUUUGUUUAAUCGUAUUGCAAAAAUUUGUUACAAUCAAAAGUAAUCAUCAGUUAUUUGAAAAUAUAAGUUUUCAUUGCUUUCAUUAUCUCGGUACCCCAAGUGGAGUACGAUUAAGAACAAUAUGGAUCGAAAAGAGCACUGUUUGAUUUGUCAUCGCGAGGUAGAAUCGCCUGAAUUUCUGGGCGUAAAAUUGGAGGCAAAUGGCAUUAAUGCUUUGAUAAGAGAAAGUGAAAAAAAGCGAGAUCUCCUAUACGAAUAUCUUACUGACGUGCAGGAAGGCUACGUACACAGACAUUGCAAGUCGGAUUAUUUGAAUGAAACAAGGUUGUUCUUGGCUGUGCAAGCUGCAAAGUCUAGAAGGCACAAUAAACGGAUCCUACAAGCACAAAAAUUUGAUUUUAAAAAUUAUUGUUUUUUUUGCAAUGGAGUUAUAAAUGAUGGUAAAGAAUCUCUUAUCUUAACCAUAGAUUCCCUAGAGAUGCUAGAAGUCUACGCGGCUCAAGUAAAUCUCGAACAACAAAAUGAAUAUUUUGACACAAUUAAGAUACGUCUCUCAACAUUACUAACGAAGGAUGAAAAAUACUUCGAAAAAAAUCCAGUGUUUAUCCAUUGGAGGUGUUUACAAAUAUUUUACAAGUACCGCCCUCCCGAUGCCGCAGGUGUAAAAACUGGAGCUGCAACAGAUUUUUUUUCUUUUUGUGUAUACUACCUAGAGAAAAAUACCCACAGGUGUCAAUUUAGUUUACAGACUAUUUUAGAUGCGUACUCGAUGAGGUACGAAUUAAAAUCUGUCCAACCAUACUUUCUCAAAACCAGCCAACGUUUGCAAGAGUAUUAUAACAAAGAAAUAGUCAUCUGCGAUGAGGAUUCUCCAGACUGCGUUGUAAAUUUCAAAAACAGUGUAGAAAAGAAUGAUGUAUUAAAAUUAUUGAAUCUCCCUCGGGAUUUGUUAAACAAAAGAGAUGAAAUUAUAAAGUUGGCGGCUCACUUCAUACUCGAAGAUAUAAGAGCGGAGAAGUAUGGAACAGAUUGUAAACCUAUUAACAUGAACUUGAUGAGAGUAGAGAAAGAUCUUCCCAAUAGUUUGCGCAUCUUCUUCAAUACCUUGAUUACCACUUACAAGAAAGACGUGCCAAAUCAGGAGCAACAAAAUUUACUGCUCAACAAAAUGACCACUAUAGGCCAUAUACUUAUAUCUGCAGUACGGCCGGAGUCGUACGCAUCGUCUCUUUUGCUUGCGAUUUCUACCAUGUUGGAAAAAAAUUUGCCACCUCAAGAGCUAAUCACGCGUCUUCAUAAUAUUGGACUCUGUGCAUCGUACACUGACAUGGUUGAUUUUCAAGAUCGCUUAUAUAAAGCCGACGUCUUCAGAUAUGAUCAACAAAGUCAGGUUCAAUUCGUAUUUGAUGAUUUUGAUUCCCUGAAUCUAGCGCCAGGAUCUUCGUACAUGAGUGGUAUCAUGUGCGUAAAACCUACACCGCCCAUUUCUAUGACAGAAGACGUAGAAUUUGAUGCCAAAGAAAUACAGUCGCUUCCUCUUUCUAAUACAAUGAAUUACGAAUUUAAUAAUAAGAUACAAGUUGAGGAUUUGAAAAAAAUGGAUUAUAUUGGAGUGCCGAUAAGUAUUAAGAGCACAGAUUUGUUAUGGUUUCUCAAUAAAAGUGAGGAACCAAAUUAUAUCGGCUGGCAUGCCUUUAAAAGCGCUUGCUUCGACUCGAAGACUAACUCCGAACUUACCAAAGUGUAUUCAUUUCCUUUUGUCAAAAUGUCACGGUUUCCUCAAGAAACUAUCUUAACUCUCUUGACCGAAGCGAGACGAAGAACAAAUUUGAACGGGCAAUCAAAAUGCUUUGUAACCUUUCAACCUCGUCGAUACGUUCAAGCUAUGGAAAUUAUAGCUGGUAUUGAUCCUAAAAAGGAUCCUCUUAACUUGCGCUCGAUCACAGUAAAUUUGGGAACUCACCAGAUCUUAAAAUCCUUUCUUAAAGUUAUAGGCACUGUAAUGAAGAAUUCUGGUUUGAGAGAAGCCCUCUUAACGAUAAAUAAAGAGGAAGAAACUGAUAACAUUUUGCAAGGAAAAGACUUUUCUCGGGCAAUUAGAGCCCAUUCCAUGAUUCAGCUGGUGAUUGCGCACAAAAUAAUGACGCACGAAAAUUUAGAUGACGAAGAAAAAAAAAUGUUGAAAAAAGCCAGAAAGCUGUACGCAAAUAGCGAUGAAGAAGUCCCUUACUUUGAACAUAUACUAAGAAAGCCCAUGAAAAAGUUCAUGGCCAAGCUCGAGUCGUACAGUAACGAUUCCGAGACGGGCAAACUCUGGAUACAGUAUUUCAAAUUAGUCCUUUUGAUGAAAAGAUUCAUCGAAGCCGAGCGCGAGGGACAUUUCAGAAAGAAAAUCGAAGCUUUGUUCUGGAUUACUCCGACUCUCUAUGCCACUGGUCACCUCGAAUGCGCGAAAGCCACUCACUUGUUCGUGCAGACUAUGCUCCAGAGUAGACGUGACAGCGAGAGACAAUUAUUCGAUAAGGCAUAUUAUCAAUUCAACAAACUGAAGCGCGGCUAUGCAUAUUGGUCGGGUGUAGCGCCCGACAGAUUACUCGAACUAACGCUCAAACAAGCUAUACAGAUGUCGAAAAAAGUUUUUCUCGAGGAGUCAAUGACCAGCUUUGACGAAAGAACCGACGAAAUAUUUGGCCAAAUAAAAUUGCUGGAGCUGCUCCACGAGACACAGCUAUUUUGUGGCAUCAAAUUCGAGGAAAUGAUCGACUGUCAAAAUCCGCAGUAUCCAGAAGAUUCUUUUGAUAUUGAAAAAUUGAAGGACUUCUUUGAUCGUUGUAAUAUUUUUAUCAAAGGCUGUGCUAUUGUGAACAUACAUAGUAGCCAAGUUUAUUUUGGAAGUAACAUUAAUGAUGUCAUAAAUGUUGGAAAAAAAGCCAUGAAGAAAAUACUAAUUAAUACGUUUGACGAAUUACCAACGGACCAAAAUGUUCGUCAUAAUUCAAUGUUAGAUAAGUCGAAAAAAACCUUGGCAUGCUUUCCUCAGCAAAUUCAUAAACGUUUCAAGCUUAUGAAAACUGUGCCUCGUUCCAUUGCAAAAAAGCUCACUACCUACGAACUUGCGCCCGUGCCUUUAGCCCUGUUCGAUAUAAAUUACAUGCACAGAGCCAAUCCGACCGAGUUUUACGAUAAUUUCCUACCUAACACAUACCUGACAACGGAACAAUCGCGACAGGCAACGAAUAUCAUCGAUGGUGAGUAUCUUCUUUGGAAGGUCGAAUGGGUGCCCGGUGCAACGGUGGGACAGAUAAUAGAGGCCUACGCCGACUACUUGAUGAAAAAUUUCAGCGAAAAACCAACGAUUGUAUUUUCUAAACAUCCAAAAAACAAUUCGAAUGCAGAACUUAUGUCGGUAAUCUAUUAUCGUCAGCAACAACUUGACAAUGGAAAAGAAAUAUUAAAUUUACAAGAUUACAUCGAUGAAAUAUGUCCAUUACCGAAGCAUGAAUUUUUGAAAUGCGAGAAAAAUAAAACACAGUUAAUCAAGAUGAUGUACAAAGAUCUGGAAGAGAAAGAAUUAGCCCAGGUAAAAUUCGCUUCCGAUGACAUCCACUUUGAGAUGGUUCAGACUGCGAUAGUUUAUGCUCGCACAAAUAAACCAAGACCGAUACUUUUAGUUGGGAACGAUAUCGAUAUAUUAGUAAUUUUGGUUCAACUUGGAACUAAUUUUGAUACAGACGAUCUCGCGUACAUUUACUUCAAAAGAGAGAAGAAAGGAGCAUCCUUGUUCUACAACCACAAAUGUUUGAAAAACGAGAAACUAAACGAGAUAAUUGCGUUUGUGCACAUAUUUACUGGCUGCUCUACUACGUCAGCUUUUUACAAAAAGUCAAAAAAUAAACUUGUGCGGGUAUUUUCGAUCAACAAAUUGAAGAAGCUGGCCGCUCCAUUUUACAAAGAAACGACGAACAAGGACGAGUUGUACGACGCCGCUUACACCCUCAUCAUCGGCAUCUACGGCAACGAGGCCGAACUGUAUCUGCGCGAAAAGAUGCCCCACGAUUUCUCGCUGAACGAGCUGCGCUACCUGAUGUUUUGCAGAAACAACGUUCUCAAGACGGGUGCUUUCGAAGAGUUGCCACCAACGGAAGGCGCCGCCAAACAGCACGCCCUCCGGACCUAUUCCCAAUUGCGAAAAUGGAUUUACCCCGAAGUCGAACCGAUCAAUUGGGGAUGGACCUCAUGCAACGGUAUGUUGGUGCCGGACAUGACGGAGGAACUUUUGAUUCCCAUUGACUUGCCCAUGCUGAUCGCUUGUCACUGCGAAGAUGGCUGCUCGAGCGACGAAUGCAUCUGCGUAAAAGGUGGUGUCUUCUGUUGCUUCCUCUGCCCGCCAUGUCAACGGAAACUUUGCGCAAACACAAAUCCCGAUUUCGUAGAUUCCGAUGGCGCGGUUCAAGAUUUUGAUCAGGAUGCAGAUGAUUAGUAUUUUUGAAAGGAACCGAAAAUAGGAAAUACUUUUAUUGUAAAAAUAAAUGUUAAUAAAUGUUUGUACUAUUAGGUUAUCUGAAAAUCUAUAUGAUGUAAUUUGUAAAUAAUUUUUUUACAUAAGUUAAUGAAAUUUUUGGCGUAGACAUAUUAAUAA